CCGAGUUGGAUUUAAAGGAGUUCCGCAGAAUAUCCAUUUCCUCACAUCUCACGACAAAUUACGGGAGCGUCUUUUGUUUUUGUUUUUUUAAACAUCCCUCCCCCUUACCCUCCAAUUUCUGGGCGCCUUUAGCGAAAGUGGAGUUAGAGGAGCUCUUUAAAAACAAACAAACCAUUAUUAUCCUUCUUUAGCUGGCUGCAAAGCCGCCCAUGCCCGUGCCUGCUGUUUUACCUUUUUCAUGCCUUUUUAUACCAUGAGAGGUUUUUGCCUGAUCUGAAAGCGCAGCCUAAAGCGAUAAUGUUGAGGCAACAGCCUUUAUACGAGCUGGUUGGCUACAGGCAGCCACCCUCCGCUUUACUGCCCAAACAAGCUCCUGACAGGCCAGAAUUUGCUCCAGAGCAGCUACAGGGACCGGGGAGUGUUAAGGCAACAGGCAGCAACGCCAACGCCGCUACCAGAAGCGACCCGAAGACAGAGCAACAGCAGCUGCGGAGAAAGAUCAACAGCCGGGAGCGUAAGCGGAUGCAAGACCUCAACCUGGCCAUGGACGCGCUGAGGGAGGUGAUCCUGCCCUAUUCGGCCGCGCACUGCCAGAGCUCGCCAGGGCGGAAGCUCUCCAAGAUCGCCACGCUGCUCUUGGCCAGGAAUUACAUCCUCUUGCUGGGGAGCUCGCUGCAAGAGCUCCGGCGGAUCAUCGGGGAGAUGAGCGGCUCGGGUCCCAGGCUGCUCCUGGCUGGCUUGCCCCUCUUCGCCGCGGCCCCAGGCCCGGUGCUCUUAACGCCGGGCAACGUGAACCAUCACCAUCACCACCCGCACCCGGGCGGCAAAUACCUCUCGGUGGCCCUGGAGGAUCAGCCGUGCGGCCAAGUGCAUCUGUCCAGCGGGGCCAGCCUGUGCGGCUGCGCCAUUUGCAAAUUCCCCCACUUCGUCCCGUCGUCUGGCCUCAGUUUGGCUGCCGUGCAGGCGCAGUUCUCCAAGUAACUGCCCCCUCCGGACCUGCAGAGGAGGAAGCUGCGGCCGGCAGCGAGGGGACCAGGAGGGAGGGGCGAGGAGGACACGUGCACAGGACUGACAAUUGAAGUAUGAGGUGGGGGGGCAGGUUUAUUACAGGUCGAAGCUGGAGGGCAACACUGCGGGCAGCUUUAGCUGAAUGAAUCUUCGAGCCUUCAAAAGACAACUUUGCAUGCUUCUUGUUAGUGUGUCCCUUGCCAAUCACAGGCGAAAUCGCUGCAGGAAAAAAAGUCGCGUGUGUGUGUAAGAGCGGGAAGAGGGGAAACUUUGCCAGGGAGAAAACAUUUUAAAAUAAACUUGCUCAGUUGUUCAGAAAA